AUGGGUCGCACAAAGAAGCUUACCGACCCGGGAGGCACCCCGAGGCCCGCGGGUCCCGGAGGGGACCACACAAUAAGGUCCUAUCUGCAUCCCACUACCCGCGCACAAUCCCCACAGCCGGAAAUGGAGGCCGCAAACCAAGCGCCGGACUCCACUCCAUCCACUCCGGCCAGGCACUCACCUGCCUUAUCCUAUGCAUCCGAACCUCAGAUGCUGCAGGAGGAUGGAUGGAGGGAUAUACUGCCCAACCUCCUAACGAAGACUGACUUCGAGGCCCUCUCAGAUCGCCUAGGCCGGGUGGUACGUGAAGAAGUGGCCCAACUCCGUGCUGAUAUGGCAAACAUGGAGGCCCGUAUGUCCGUGGCAGAGGCAGAGACAAAAGCCCUCCGGACAGACCUGGAACACACCAACACGGCAGUCACAGGCCAGGAAGCAGACAUGGCAUACCUCACCACGUGGAUAGAUGACCUGGACAACCGCGGCCGCAGACUGAACCUACGCGUCCGCGGGGUGAGGGAAGGAGGCCCGUAG